AUGCAUUCUCCGGUUGACUAUUUUGUAAACAGCAUCGCUCGAUUGAUCGUGCACUACUGCAACCUUUUCAGCGUCGAUAAUGUCAUGGAGUUGAUCUUAUACAUUGUCCGCCAUCUACCCACUACGCAGCACCCCUCCGAACACCGAACAAUGACUGCCGCAAAACACCAGUUGAAUAUGAAAUUUGCCAACGAUCCCAGCAAGACUCGCAAGCUGGUAUGGCAUGCUGCACAGAUACAUGCCGUCGCUAAUGAAUACGUGGUGUCUGCCCCGUGUGAGAUAUUGCGAGUAUUCAUGGGCGCGAUAUUGCUCCUGGCUUUCUCGAAGUACUGCCCCAAGCUUGCUGCAUCCGAUGAGGGCUCAGCUAGCGAUCGCCCCAUGGUCUUCCUGGACCGACUAGACCCGACAAAUACCCAAGCCGGACUAGUCGAAGUGUGGAUCAAACAUGGAGGCCCUGCAAGCCUUAGCGGAGUCAGCGACAUUCAUUCGUCCGAACUAGCGGCCACUGUUUGUCGACGAACUCAAGGGCUGCUGGAAAAGGCCCAGUGUUGGGGGUUGUCAAAUAAAUUUGUCAAGAUUCUACAUAUGUUUCAGGAUGCUGAAAUUUGA